CAAACCUCCGCCACGAUGAGAAUCGAGACGUGUUAUUUCUGCUCGCAGCCGUGCUAUCCCUCCAAGGGUAUAACAUUCGUCCGCAACGAUGCAAAAGUUUUCAAAUUCUGCCGCUCGAAAUGCCACAAGAACUUCAAAAUGAAGCGUAACCCGCGAAAACUCGCCUGGACCAAAGCCUUCCGCAGCGCGCACGGAAAGGAAAUGCCCAUCGACGGCACUCUCGCCAACUUCGCCCAACGCCGCAACAUCCCCGUCCGCUACAACCGUGACUUGGUACAAAAGACGCUGCAAGCCAUGUCUCGUGUGCAGGAGAUUCGCGACCGCAGAGAACGACAAUUCUACAAGGAACGCAUGAAGGGCAACAAGGCGCGUCAGCUCGAGGCCGAUCGGAAACUUGUCGCCGAGAACCAGCACUUGCUUCCGCCGCAAUACCGCGAUCAGGUCGAGCAGGCUCUACAAGAGAUGCCGGUGGAGCAGGUACAGGAGGAGACGAUGGAAGAGGACAUGGAAGAGGAUAUGGAGGAAGAGUUGCCGUUGGAAGAGCAAGAGAGACUUGCACCCAAGAAGAGCGCGCUCAAGCAAAAGAAAAAGCAGAAAAUGGUCCGAGGGAAGGGUGUGGAAGCCAUGGAUGUCGAUGGUUAAAUCAUCAGCAUCUGGUUGAUGAGAUGUUGCGAUGUUUUUUCCUCUUUCACAAGCGAAGGUGUCUGGCGUUUUCAUGGACAGUCAUGGCCAGGUUUUGGCAUUGCAAUACGAGGGUGUGUAUCAAGCAAGCAGGCUAUCAUCACUCUAGGUCAGUCUUCAUCAUUCAAGGGACCUGCUACCCAUGUCGCAGAUAUCUAUCCUGUCUGAUCCGAGCAUCUCUCCAAACAUGGCGCAGUAUCAGGACGCGAUGGCUUCUCCAUUGUCUCAUCACUACUGAUCGCUCGUCUGUCGUCCCCGUCAGAUCCAAGUGUCGACAUCUUGCAUCUACCAAUAUGCCGAGUGACCCCGUCCUCGCCUUGUCGUUUAUCAGUCCCGUGACGGUCAAGAUGACUGGAUGCGGUCGUGAAGCGGAGAAGCUUUGGAGAGUGCAACGGGCUAUCCUUCAGACGUUACCCAUGUCUUACAUGCUUUCCCGGCUGUAUCACACUCCGGGGACUUCAAGGACAGGCUACAUGCCGCAGCACAUCUGGGGCUCCAGAACAACAGCCAGUAGUAGUGAGCAGACUCGUGAUCGAGUCGUGAUCGAGAGGGCGAGCUCGGUGUGAGGAGUAGUCAUUUGAUCGUGUGGCCAAGCAACACGCGCAUGUUCUGCAAGUCUGCAAGUCUGCAACUCCACCUUUCUAUGCACAGCAUCAUGUGGUCGCCCUGGCUCAUCAAAGUCUAUUAAGCCAAUGGAUGAAGCAACGUGCCUGCAUGGGUGGUUGGGGAGGGCACUGAAUGCCACCGAUUUGCAGUUCCCUGCUGCUUUGAGCAGUGCACGGUGGCUGGGCUUGAAACCGAGCGGGAUCAAACCACAAUACCGCCACCUCUUUUAUGAUCUUCGACUCCAUGACCAGCAGCCAAGCAACAAUGGGAAGUGACACGCCAAGUCGCAGUGAAUGCGUUGCUUUGCGGAGGUACCGCAGUGGUGAGAAUGUCGUCUUGGCUGCGAACUUGUCCGGGUAAACAGGCCGAUCGAAGCAGGGUGCAUAAGCCAGCUCUUGAAUCUUGAUUUUGUCGAUCGAGGAUCCGAAAAGUCAACAAGGUUCCAUUUGCGUGCAGAGGCGUUGGCGUUUUGCAUCAUGCUGUCAUCAUCAGUGCACCAUUGCGAACUAGACUGGCAGAGACUGCUCGAAUAGAUUGGCACGCGCGGCUGGUGGUCGUCUGAGGUAUUGCACGACACUCGUAGCAUGGCGUGCACAAAUACUCCAGUGGGUAACGACGGGAGUGAAUGAUACAUGACUACAUGUAGACAUAAUGUUUGGAGACGCUACAUCGGUACCUCGCUCGUGGAACGGCUCUGACAGAGUCUAGACAUGCAUUGUGCAGACGCGAGAGAUGAGCCGCCCGGGCGCGAGCUGGGAAUUUGUGGAGAGAGCUUCGGGAGCUGUUGGUCCGCGACAGCAAUGCCUCCUAGCAUUCGCUGCUGAGUAGUGCUCCAGGUCAGACAUCACGACCGUGCAGUCGACUGACAACGGAGGUACCUGUAGUGAUGAUUCUGGUGCUGCGUGACCGUAUACUACAGCAUGCCCGGUUGAAGUGGCAGAGUGGCAACUUGCACGUCUAUAGAGGAUUAAUGCGAAGCGGUAUUGCAUGGAACCAACACCAUUGGCUCGCUUGGGGUGCUUGAGAAAAGGAAGACCAUGUUGAAGCAAAUACAAGGUGUGAGCAAGGAGUAUGACGUUUUACAAGCGGGGCUAAGCAGGAAGGAGGAAAGCACGGUCAAAGGACGGUGGCAGGCAGGCGCCAGACGCCUACACUACUACCUUACCUUCUUCCCUCCUCGCUCUUCCAACAUCUUCCUCUCCUCACCACUCCAUCUUCUCACACAACCUCACGAGAAGUUCAGCAAACAUGAUUGAUCCCGUUCAGGCAUUCGCCAUGGCGACUGGCACCAUCCACGACGCCGCUAAGAGCAGCGUCUCUCCCCUUCCAUCCGUGGUUCCAACCCUGCCAGAGUACCAGGACGUCAGCGAGACUGGCGAGAGGACUCUAUGGGUGGUCUUCGUGGUCAUGCUCGUUGCAUCCAUCGUGUUCUCUGGCCUUGCGUGGAGCGUCCCAAUGUCGAAACGUCUCUACCACGUGGUUACUACCAUCAUCACGAUCACUGCGGCACUCUCGUACUUCGCCAUGGCUACUGGUCACGGUGUCAGCUACCACCACGUUACAGUCCGCGAGUCCCACAAGCAUGUCCCAGACACCACCAAGGACAUCUACCGCCAAGUCUACUACGCCCGCUACAUCGAUUGGGCCAUCACUACUCCAUUGUUGCUCCUUGAUCUUGCCCUGCUCGCCGGCAUGAACGGAGGUAGCAUUCUCAUCACCAUUGUCGCUGAUCUGAUCAUGAUUUUGACUGGUCUCUUCGCUGCUUUCGGCGCUGAGGGUACUCCACAAAAGUGGGGAUGGUACGCCAUUGCAUGCAUUGCCUACUUGGUCGUCAUCUGGCAGCUCGUCCUCUACGGUCGUCCUGCUGCUGCUGCCAAGGGUGGUAAGGUGGGCAACUUCUUCGCCGCCAUUGGUGGUUUCACCCUCAUCCUCUGGACCAUCUACCCAAUCAUCUGGGGAAUUGCUGAUGGCAGCCGCAACUUGAACGUCGACGAGGAGAUUAUCUCCUACGCUGUUUUGGACAUCCUCGCGAAGCCAGUCUUCGGUGCAUGGCUUCUUUUCACCCACGCCAGCAUGCCAGAGACUAACGUCGACCUCGGUGGCUUCUGGUCCAACGGUCUCUCGGGCGAGGGCCGCAUCCGUGUCGGUGAUGACGACGAGGGUGCUUAGAUACCACCCCCGGAUCGAGACUGAAAGGAACGGUGUUUGCUUAGGCAAGGAGAACGAAGAAAAAAAUGGUGCGGGAAAUCACGAAUAAGACGAAAGUCUUGACUGAUACGAGCAUGAUAAGAAAUGGCACAUGAUUGGAUUAACAGCGAUACCUUUCGGGCGAAAGUCAUCCGGUCGUCUAGCUCAGCAGUUGCUGCGAAGUCGUACGACCUUUGUAUCAUACCAAGUUAAUGCAUAAUUGUUGGGCAUUGGCUAAUACGUUUUGUCUCCAUCUCCAUCGUUUUGUGAAAGUCACUAGUGAAA